AUGCCGAGGGAGAGCAGGGAGAGCAGGGAGAGCAGGGAGAGGGAUGCCAAGGAGCCGGACCCCGCGAAGGAGGACAGUGGCGCGGACGCCUCGGCUCACUCCAGGAAGAGGAAGGCGAACGUGGCCGUGUUCCUGCAGGACCCCGAUGAGGAAAUCGACGAAAUCGACAGGGCUGGGCCGAGCCCCAGGGACGAUCAGCCGUGGGCCGGCGGCGCAGCCUGUGAGAACCCCUGCGCCCUGAUCCCCACGCCGGACAAGGACGACAACGAGCGGGUGUACCCCACCUCCGCACACAAGCACCCCUGCGCCAGGCCCCCCCGAGCCUCACCCCUGCCUCUGCUGAACUGGGCAAACCGGGAGGAGGUGUGGAUGAUCAUGCUGAACAAGGAGAUGCGGUACCUGCACGACCAGCACCUGCUGCAGCAGCACCCGCUCCUGCAGCCGAGGAUGCGCGCCAUCCUGCUGGACUGGCUGAUGGAGGUGUGCGAGGUGUACAAGCUGCACAGGGAGACCUUCUACCUGGCACAGGACUUCUUCGACCGCUACAUGGCCUCGCAGCACGACAUCGUCAAGACGCUGCUGCAGCUUGUCGGCAUCUCGGCCUUGUUCAUCGCCGCCAAGCUGGAGGAGAUCUACCCGCCGAAGCUGCACCAGUUCGCGUACGUCACGGACGGGGCCUGCUCCGUGGAGGACAUCCUCACCAUGGAGCUGAUCAUCAUGAAGGCUCUGAAGUGGCAGCUGGGUCCCCUGACCGUCGUGUCCUGGCUGAACGUGUACAUGCAGGUGGCCUACCUGAACGACGUGUACCAAGUGCUCCUGCCCCAGUACCCCCAGGAUGUCUUCGUCCAGAUCGCAGAGCUCCUGGACCUGUGCAUGCUGGACGUGGACUGCUUAGAGUUCCCCUACGGUGUCCUGGCCGCGUCCGCCCUGUACCACUUCUCCUGCUCCGAGCUGACGCACAAGGUGUCAGGGCUCCUGUGGAAGGACAUCGAGAAGUGCGUCAAGUGGAUGAGCCCCUUCGCCAUGGUCAUCCGGGAGACGGGCAGCUCGAAGCUGAAGCAGUUCCGGGGCGUCCCGCCCGAGGACGCCCACAACAUCCAGACCCACCUGAGCAGCCUGGACCUGCUGGACAGAGCGCAGGCCAAGAAAGCCAUAUUGUCGGAGCAGAACAGGCUUUCUCCCCUCCCGUCCGGGCUCCUCACGCCCCCGCCCAGCGGCAAGAAGCAGAGCGGCGAGCCGGAGACGGAGUGA